UCAGUUUAAAAAAUAAUGGCGAGCAGAGUGGUUCGCCUUUCCAUAUUGUGCCUGCUUCUGGGUCUGUACACAGUGGAGUCCCAUUUUUGUGGUCCACCCAACGAAAAGCAGUGUGUACCCCAUAACUUAUGCAGGAAUGACAACCCAAACGGAAAACCCGUCAUACAGUUUCGAAGUCUAGCAGACGGCAACGGGGGAUGUCCUGCCGCCCAAACCUGCUGUCCCAGGACGGACAUUUUACAAUCUCCGGUCCCGGGUUCGGUGCCCGAUCAAAGUAUUCCCCCCGGAUGUGGCUACGCAAACCGUGACGGCCUGACCUUCCAAAUCAAAAAUUCUGGGGACACCGCCCAGGAAGCGGAACUGCCUUGGGUGGUGCUUCUGCUAAGUGUCCAAUACCACGAAACGGUGGGCGGUGGCUCCCUGAUCAAACCGGAUGUGGUACUCUCAGCCACCACCGUGACCAGAGAUUUCAUAGAGAGUCAGCUCAUUGUGCGGGCUGGCGAAUGGGAUCUCAGUUCAGACGCCGAGCAUGGGAAACAUGAGGAUGUGGCCAUCAGGAAGAUCGUGCGCCACCCGUACUUUAUGGAGGAUUCAGGAGCCAACAACGUGGCCCUUUUGUUUCUCGAAAGACCACUUCAACUAACCCGCCAUAUAAAUCUCAUCUGCCUGCCGCCGACGAAUCGGGCAUUUAUGUUUAAUCGCUGCGUUGUCAGUGGCUGGGGUAAGAAGACAAUCAACGAUGUGAGUUUCAUGAAUCUCAUGAAGAAAGUCGAGGUGCCGUUGGUGGAUAGCCCUACGUGCGAGCAGCAACUGCGAGUACCUUAUACCACAGCCUUCAAUCUCCAUGACAGCCUCAUCUGCGCCGGCGGAGAGAUCGGCAAGGAUUCGUGUAAGGGCGACGGGGGAGCCCCACUGGCCUGCCCACUCCAAAGUGAUCCCAAUCGGUACGAGCAGGUCGGCAUCGUCAACUUCGGAUUCGAAUGCGGAAAUCAAAUCCCUGCGGCUUACACUGAUGUUUCCAAAAUGCGACCCUGGAUUGAACAACAGAUCCAAGUGAAUUCAGUCGGUUCAGGAGGUACCAAAAUAAAUUAUCCGUAUGGAUAUCCAAGACCUGUGCAAGGACCAUUUACUAACAAUGGAAUCCAAGGUCCUGUUCGAAUUCAAGGACAUGACCAAGGUGUAUUAGUCAACAAUGCCAAUGAUCCAUAUGGAUACCAAAGACCGGUUCAAGGACAAGGACAGGGCCCAUUGAUGACCAGCACAUAUGAUGAUCGAAAUGGAUACCAACGACCUGGUAUAGGACCUGUUCAAGGACAAGGACAUGACCAAAGCAUAUUCGUAAGCAACAGAUAUGAUAAAAGUGGAUACCAAGGACCUGGUAUAGGACCUGUUCAAGGACAAGGACAUGACCAAAGCAAAUCUGUAAGCAAUAGAUAUGAUAAAAGUGGAUACCAAGGACCUGGGCAAGGACAAGGAUACGGUAUACAAGUACCUCUUCAAGGACAAGGACAAGGCCAAAGUAUACACACUAGCAAUAGAUAUGAUCAAAGUGGAUUCCAAGCACCUGAUCAGGGACAAGGUGCAUCUGUUAACAACGGAUUCUAUCAAAAUGGAUAUCAACUACAGGGACAAGGUCAGACAACUAUUAGACCCAAAUACGAUCUACAACAUAAUCAAGAAGGUAGAGGAGAAGGAGGGGAAAGUGGCACCAAUAGAUAUGGUUCAAAUCAAUACCAAGGACAAAGUACAAGUGGUAACAUCCAUAAUGGGUAUGAUCGCUUUUUUCAAGGAGCAGCAGGAACAAACGGAAACAUGGAUCAAAACAGAUACCAAACGUUUAAUGAAGGUGGCGGCAGAUAUGAUGGAGGACAAGGGCGGCUCAUUCCAGCAGGAGGCGGAGUUGGUGUUCCAGGUGCGGGACAGAAUUAUUAUAUAGGUGGCGGUGAUGAUGAAACAAUUGAAUAUCCCAAACAGGAUAAUACUAUCAAAUUUGACAAUAUACCGACAACAACCACGCCGAUUACACCCAUAGAUAUGAAUGUAGAAGAUGCAUAAUAUAUUUCAUUUCCUCUGUAAACCA